CCGCGGGCGGGACGCGGUGCGGCGCCGCGGGCUGCCGGGGUCCCGGCGCCCUCCGGCCGUGAAACUUUUCCGCGGGCGCCCGGCAGGGGGCACGGGGACAGAUCAGAUAAAACUACAGAUGACAAAGCUGAAGACAAGACAACGUGUGAACUGAUGAGAAAUGGCAUAGCCUUCUGAGAACAGUAGUUUCCUAGUUGCCUGAGAUCUUAAGUGCAGCGUCACUACCAAAAGAGACCGUGACAUUAUGUGAUCACUGAGCAGAGGUUACAAGGAUGGAAAAGCAAAGGACUCCUCUAGCUGUCUUGCAUAAAUAAAUAAAUAAAAGCUUCAGCUGAAUCAAAAAAUUAGUCCAGCCAUGGGAGAAAAUGCAAGUUUUUGGGAAAGCUUGAUACAUGCACAUCCUACCUGCACAACUUGGAAGCAAGAGGCAGAGGGAUCUAUCUACCAUCUAGCUAGUAUUCUCUUUGUUGUUGGCUUCAUGGGUGGAAGUGGAUUCUUCGGGCUGCUUUAUGUCUUCAGUUUACUUGGAUUGGGCUUUCUCUGCUCUUCCGUUUGGGCUUGGCUGGAUGUCUGUGCUGCUGAUAUAUUCUCCUGGAACUUUAUACUGUUUGCUAUAUGCUUUGUACAGUUCAUUUAUGUUACCUACCAAGUUCGGAGUGUGUCCUUUGACAAAGAAUUCCAGGAACUCUACAGCGCUCUUUUUCAGCCUCUAGGAAUUUCCUUAACUGUGUAUAGGAAGAUUGUGUUGUGCUGUGAUGCAGAAGUGGUUACUCUGGAGAAAGAGCACUGUUACGCUAUGCAAGGCAAAACACCUAUUGAUAAACUGUCCUUGCUUGUAUCUGGCAGGAUCAGAGUGACAGUUGAUGGAGAAUUUCUGCAUUACAUUUUUCCUCUUCAAUUUCUGGAUUCUCCGGAAUGGGAUUCACUGAGGCCCACAGAAGAGGGUAUUUUCCAGGUAACACUUACAGCAGAGACAGAUUGUCGAUACGUGGCCUGGAGGAGAAAGAAGCUGUACUUGCUGUUUGCUAAACACCGUUUCAUCUCACGCCUGUUCUCAGUUUUAAUUGGGAGUGACAUUGCUGAAAAACUGUAUGCCUUGAAUGAUAGAGUGCAAGUGGGAAAAGGAUAUAGAUACGACAUUCGGUUACCAAACUUCUACCAUGUUUCACUUCCAGAGACACCUAUAAUGCAGUCCUCUCAACACCUACAGAAAAAUUCUCCAAGGCAGAAGUAACAGGUGUUACAAAUUGUGACUCCUUCAGGAAACAAUAGUAAAAUGAAAAAUUCUACUAUAAUCAUUCCCAAAAUUGAUGGGGAAAUACAAAAUGAUGAAGCAGAAGAGCAGAAAGAUGAAGCAGAAUGAGACCUAAUGAAGCCAAACUUGACUGAAAAGUGCCAUUUACUUUAGUUGAAGUAGCUUGAAUUCUUCCACUCCGUGUAGAGCCAGCUGGUUGGCUUGUACAUUUUGACUAAUUGUGCAAUAUGUUUAGUUUCUGUUGAUUCUUUUGUUGGCCUUGUUACUUUUGGAGGAAAACAAAUCAUAGUAAGUUGGAAUUUUACUGUAAUUGGGGUAGCCUCUAUGUUGAGCUUAAAAAAAAAGCACACUAUUUGUGAUCAUACAUUCUUAAAAAUAAUUGUCAUAAUGAAGUCAUUUUUAUCUUAAUGCAACAAUAAGUAAGUUGCGUUCAAAAUAUAACAACUUACUUGUAACAUUUGCAUUUAUGCCAUAUGAACCUCAUCUCAAUUAACAUGGAGAAUAUUACAGAAAAUUGACUUAAUGUCACAGACUAAUUUUCUUUUCUUUUUUCUUUUCUUUUCUUUUCUUUUUUUUUUUUUUUAAGAAAUGACAGAUUUUGAAAUGCACAGCAAUGUUCUGUAAAACAGAAAAAAAAAUUCUGUCCCAUAAGUGGUUGAUUUCUCUCAGGCUAUCCUAAAUAGACAUUAUGUGAAAACAAACAAAAAGGUAAUUGCUGGCAUUUAAAAAGUAAAGCAGUUAUAAUUGCUGCAAAUAUAUGUUAGGGAAAUGGUUGUGUAGUGUUUCUGCUAGAAUGUAAUGCUGUAGUACCUAGAUUUCAAAGGGGUAAGUGCCAUUCGUGACAUGUUCAAUAAACACUGCCAAUCAAUAAACUGCCAAACCAUUGGA